CACAUUGUUGAUCAUUCACUCCUGCACAGUAUCUGCCUGGAAAAUAACAGCAAUAGCAUUUUUAUUAUGUUUACUACAUGAAGAGGAGAAAAGUCAGGAAACCCAGAGAGGUACAGAAAACAGCUAUAGAACUUCAAUAAAUCCUCAAUACCUUUGAGCAUCUAAUGAAAAGAAUGACUUCCCUUUAUAUCUGCAAAUAGUGUAACAAAUGCUUCAAUGGAAUGGAGAACAACUCCUUCAAUUAGCAGCAAUGACAGAAAACAUUCUUCUUAGAAGCAUCUGGGCCUCUUCACUGCUCCUUACAGAGAAAAGACUUCUACAUCAAUUUGCUGUUUUACUCUGCCAUCUUUCUCAGUUGCUUAUUGCUGCCAGCAAUGAAAGACAUUUGUACACUAGUAAGUUCAGCACCAGUGCUAUGGCUCCUUAUGUCUCCUCUGCUGAUUAUUACAGGAUAUGCUGAUAGCAAAACAGACAGAGUUACAUAUAUUAUGGACUCAGAUCCUGAGCGCUGCAUGAGGCACCACUAUGUGGAUACAAUCGGGCAUCCUAGUUAUAAGUGUAACUCAAAGAUGGUGCUCCUGUCUCGCUGUGAAGGCCACUGUAGUCAGGCCUCCAAGUCUGAACCACUUGUCUCUUUCAGUGCUUUCUUGAAACAGCCCUUCAAAUCAAGCUGCUACUGCUGUCGACCCAAAGCAUCAAAACUGAAGGCUGUACGACUUCGCUGUAAUGGUGGAAUGAAACUCACUGCUACAUAUCGAUAUAUACUUUCCUGCAACUGUGAAGAGUGCAGUUAACAAGAAAAGUAAAAAAACAAACAAAAAAUACACUGACACUUUAAGAUGUGAGAGGAAAUGACAAAAUGCAAACUAACUUUUUAAGUUUAUUAUGUGGAAUAUCAGAGCAAAAUAAAUAUUAAAUGAAUAUUAUGCAAGCUCAACCACAUUUUAUUAUGCUACCUACUUUUGUGUUCUGUGGACUCAUCAAGGAAUAAACUAGGAAUAUAAACCAGGCAGCGGUAAAACAAUUUGGCUGCUGAGUAAUGCUUUGCAUGGCUAGCUGUUCCUGUGACUUAUGUAAUGCCUUUCUUGGUGUAUACAUCCCUGUGUUCAGACACUGGCUCAAGUUACUCAUUUGGCUGUUUCCCUUCUGCCUCUAAUGAGCAGCAGUCUUGCAUAGCAAUGCCCUCAGACUAGAGUUCUGCAUAGCUGGAAGCUUAACUUAGAGGAAACCCAAGAUCAACCGAUGAUAGAAGUAUAAUAAUUCCUGCCCUCCAUCUGCUUUACUCUUGGAAGAUGUGACAUUGCUAGGCAGUGCAUGAGAAUAGCAGGCAAAGCCUGCCCUCUGCUUUCCAGACUGUAAUUAACCUUGGGAUAAAACUGUGGGCUUCGAUUUCAGUCACUUAACUGGGUGUGAGCAAUUAACUUAAACUAAACAAAUGGAUCUGCAAUGUAUGGCAAAUUACAUGAUACUGUAAAUCAUGUCAACAAAUUAUAAUACAUGUCUUCUUGCACAUGUUUCAUCAAGUGAUUAGGGGACUCCAGUACUCUGGCUUUUAAGUUGUAGUAAUGUUAAGUUAAUUGUUAAGCUCCGAGCACUCAGUAUUAGUGAAGCAAAUGUACAUGUCCUGCUUCCCCUGCCUGAACUGUCUGAUGAAAGGAAACUUAGAUGAAAAGUUGAAAACAUUUACCACCGGCACAAGCAAGCUUUUAUUGAUGAAUCCAUGAAUUAACACAUAGCCUUAAGAGUACUGGUAGCAUGCUGAGUGACUGACAUGUUUCCUGAAAUUGGAAGACCAAAAAAGGUAGAUUUUUGAUGCAAUCUGACUUUAUGUGCAGUGACAUUAAUAAUACUGUAUUAAAAAUGGGGCCGGGAGCAUUAGUGUCUUUUUAU